CUGACGGGUGCCUUUACCCAAGAACAGCACGGAAGUAUUUUUGAUUCACAGGGAAACAAAUUUGCUCAACGCUGCGCUUUACCUACCAGGUGAAAUUAACAACAAGUGGAAAGAUGUCAGAGCCCAGCAAGCAAGAUAUUGCUGCCAUUUUCAAACGACUACGAUCCCUUUCUACGAAUAAGGCGUGCUUUGACUGUUCGGCUAAGAAUCCUAGUUGGGCCAGUAUCACCUAUGGAGUGUUUCUCUGUAUAGACUGCUCAGGAACACACAGGUCAUUAGGAGUGCACCUGUCAUUCAUCAGGUCUACUGAGCUGGAUUCUAACUGGUCCUGGUACCAGCUGCGAUGCAUGCAGGUGGGCGGCAAUGCCAGCGCGAAUGCCUUUUUUGCCCAGCAAGGCUGCACGUCCAACGCCGCAAACACCAAGUACAACAGCCGAGCCGCUGUGCUCUACCGCGAGAAGAUCAAGACCACGGCCACGCAGGCCACAAGGCGCUUCGGCACUGAGUUGUGGCUGGACAGCCAGGCCCCCCUCUCUCCAACAUCUCCCGUCAAUAAGGAGGAGGAUUUCUUCAGUAUGCACGCACAGGCAUUCCCUGAUGAUCGUAGCUCUGCCCAGCCUAAUAUAACAAGCUCCGCCCAGAUGAAUCUAAGCCCCACCCCAGUAGAGGAACCCUCUACAAAAGAAACCGAGAGGGACAAAAACGGUAAUACAGAGGGUCCCAGUGUUGACGUGCUAAGUAUGUCUCCUAAAGAAGCCUUAGAAUCCUCCUCUCUUCUCAAGAAGAAACCAGCUGGGGCCAAGAAAACAUUGGGCGCUAAGAAAGGUGGUCUUGGGGGUAAGAAGGUGAGCAAACAGAGUUUCUGUGACCUGGAGAAGAAAGCACAAGCGGUAGACAAACUCAAUGAGAGAGAUACAGCACCCACCACCAAGAACAGCCCCCAACCAGCAGAGGAAUCCAUUGGGGCCUCCAUGAGACUGGCCUAUAAGGAUCUGGAAGCACAGCAGAGGAGUAAUACAGAGAAGAUGAAGGGGAUGGGGGAGAAGAAGAAGGAGCAGGCUGAGAGACUGGGCAUGGGCUUUGGCAGCAGGAGUGGAGUGUCUCACUCUGUGCUGUCAGACAUGCACACUAUCCAGCAGGAGAGCCCAGUGGGGUCCAAGCAGCCCACUAAGAGCCGGAGGUACACAGAGAAGGAGGAAGAGGAGACUGACGAAGGCUCCUUUACAUCCAGGAUGUCGAUGACCAGUUCAAUGACCAAGUUUGAUGAACCGACAGAAUCCUCUGACAAGUUCUUCUCCAAUUGGAGCGAGACAGGGGAGUCUGGCUGGAGGAAAGAGAGCAGGAAGCCAGAGCCAGACUUCUACCUGAGCACCAAGAGUUCCUCACAGGACGACAGGACCGCAGCCCGGCGGAAAGCAGACCCAGUCCCUGUCUCAGACUCAGGCGACGCCCGCAAGAAGUUUGGGGACGUCAAGGCCAUCUCCUCUGACAUGUACUUUGGCAAGCAGGAUGACUCUGAGUAUGAGGCGAAGACUCGCCUGGAGAGGUUCUCUGGAAGCAACUCCAUCAGCUCAGCUGACCUGUUUGAUGACCCAAAGAAACAGAUGGCCAGCUCAUAUCGUCUGACCAACAUGCUGCCCAGUGCUCCAGACAUGUCCCAGCUGAAGCUGGGGGUCCGCUCUGCGGCCGGGAGGCUGUCCGUCAUGGCCAGCGGAGUAGUCACGUCCCUUCAGGACCACUACAGUGCGUGAGUCCAGUGUGUGUACCUGUGUUAUACACACACAACCUGUUAGGUCCCCUGGGUAUUGGAGUCUGUAAACAUCCUUACGUGCGAUGGACAAGUUCAGCCGUGCAGGAGAGGGAGAGAUUGACGGAGAGAGCGAAUUAGCGACAUUGUGUAGGCCAGAACAUAGGCUAUAGCUGUGUGUGUACAUAGCAGCUAUUUGAAUAAAGUAUCUACAUUGGAGUUAUGUCAAAACAACAUCCUCUAUGAGGUAGAUGUAUGAAGAACACUUAUUUACGCAGCUUAUUAUCUAAUCUGUCCAGGCCUUUAGUUUUGAUAUUUACAUCAAUGGUAUUCAAAAUAACAUUUUGUUAUCAUCCAUUAUGGUUCUAAUUGAGGGUGACUUAGGUUUUGGGUUCCUUUUCCCCUGUGCAAUUGUUAUUGAAUCAUGUCACCUUGGUUUUUAUGUAGCUAUUUGCAAUGAAGACAUGUAUUUUUCUACAUGCGGUAUGUAAAUAAUUUAAUUAAUUAAUCUGAUGGGCAUUGUUUUAAUUACCUGCCAAAUGCAGAGAGAUGUUGCCAUGUAGGAUACAUGUCUUAAAUUUUAGGGUGCCUUCAAACCAAAAUGCCUGCGACACGUUGUGCGUGUGCCGAUUCACUGAAUGUGUGUUUGGAGGUAUGGUGAAGUGGAGAACAUUCGAGGUGGGAGAAACAUUAUUUUACAUUGGUUGACAGACCUCUAGUCAGGAUGGGCUGCAACACAAUGUCCCCAUCUCAUCUGUUGGACAGUGUAGAUCUUCCAUUUCAUUCACUUCUAUCCACCUGUACACUACUCUCUGAAAAAAAGGUGUUUGCUGUGCUUUUGAAGCAUUGUUUGCAUUGGUUUGAAAGUGCCCUUAGUCUUGGAAGUGUACUUAUGUCUGUCACUCAUUUGUCACUUGACUGAAGGACCAAAUACUCAACCUGAUUUCUUUGUGUAAUAUAUGUGUGUAUAGACACACUGGUCGGAUAUGGUCCUGUACAGUGUAACAUGAUCUGAUCUGCCUCUCAGCAGCCAAACAUUCUCCAUAUUACUUUUGACUAUCAGUUCAGAUGAAUGAAGGGAGUAGUAUCUUAAUGUUCUGUCCCAGUACUCUCAAAGGCUGAGUUUAGACAGGCAGCACAAUUCUGAUCUUUUUCUUCUCACUAAUAGGUAUUUUGACCAAUCAAGUCAGCUUUUUAAAAAGAUCUGGUGUGAAAAGAUCUGUGUAAAGAAAUCAUCAGAAUUGGGCUGCCUGUCUAAACACAGGCAAAUAACCGAUUAUAUUUUCUGUGACCACUCAUGCAAAAGAAAUGGGACGUGGCCCUGACUCAUUUCAACAGCAGUUGUACUAUGUGUUUAGUGAAGGGUAAACUCUAACCCUUUGCUGAGCAGAUUCAUUGUAAAUUACCUCUGUGAACUGUGUACCUUGCAGAGACUAUUUAGGGUGUUUAGAGUAUAUUUUCACACUCUGGGUAUAUGUGGGUUAUAUUUUGGGUGUUUAUGUGUAGUGUGGUUUUGUUAUUUUGAGGGGAUUGGCUAGAAGUAUUUAACUGGAUGUUGCCAGAAGUAUUUCUGGCUACCUCGUAUCACCUACCGAACUCUCAUUUUACUGCAUAUUUUUCUCAUUUUGAUCCUUACUAAUUUGAACUCUUGAGUUGAGAUUUAACACUGUAGUGAAAUAUAUUUAAGAUGCAACGUUACCCAUUUGAAUCUGGAUUUUGUAUAGUGUGUAAUUCAGUGACCAACCAGGGCUUUUGUUCAUUCUCUUUCGACUGUAAUCCAAAGAAUUAGGAUACAUGUGCACAUGCCCUAAAAAUGUCAAUUAUGGGAAGAUCUAGUUUUUGUGUAUUUGUAUUAGAACCUGCAAGUACAUUUUUUUUUUACUUGAAUGUACAUCUUUAGAACAGUACCUGAAGCAUUGCAUUAGUUUCCAAAUGACUGUUUACCAACAAAUACAUCUAUGGACAUGAGCUCUUUAGAGAUCCAUUCAAUUUGUGUAAUCAAGGUGUGUAUCAUUGUUAGCUGCUGUGUAUAAGAACUUUGCUUCAGAAUAAAAAUUAUACUGCAAUUAUACUGCACUUGCAUGUCCUCAGUGGCAGACUUACCAUUAGGCAACUCAGGCAGUUGCCUGGGCCUUGUAAACUUGUCAUGAUUAUGUUUAAUAAAACAAUUUAUGUUA